UUUCUUCUAUAGUCACUGCUGAUGUUCAAAUGACAAAAGGAGUAGGAGAUACAAAUAUUGGAAAAGAAGAUCUGUUUAAGCGUAUAUUGGUGUUUUUGAUGGCAUUUCGGAAUGUGAAUGAACUGAUGUUAUCGUCGGAUUUCCUUCAGCCGGAUUCUGAAGAUGAUGUUGAAGUGGUGUUAUCAGGGUCGUGCAUAUUGUCUCAUCUUAAAUAUAUCGAAAUGAGAGAAGUCAAAGGAUGUAAUAAUGAACUUAUAUUUCUGGAAUUUGUACUGAAGAAAUGCCUUAGUUUUGGAGGAAAUGGUUUUGUAUUUCUGCGGCGCUGGGAGCUAACCCUCAACGAAUACAAGAGGCGUACCUGAUAAACUGAAUGUAAUGAAGAAGUUCAGUGAGAAGAUAAAAGCACUUCCAAGAGUUUCUUCAAGUUUGAUAAUGCUCUUCUGUUGAUUUUGUUAAGAUCUUAUUAAGUAAUUUGCAAGUUAGUUUGACAUCGAAAAACUCGUGUGCUCUGAUAUCGAAAAACAUGUAUUGCUUUGUUUCUAGGGAAUAGUUAAUUUGCAUGUUGGGAUAUCCAAAAAUCUAAAACCUUGCAUCUG